AUGAAACAAAUUGAAAUUGGCGGCGAUUCUGAUGUCUACGCCGUUGAUUCUGAAGAUAAGCUAUACGUCCGUGAAGGCGUGAGUUCUAGUAAUCUCUGGGGCAACGAGUGGAAGUUUCUUCGUGAAGCAUCAUACGUAACAACAGGUUGGACUGGACAAUAUAUACUGGACGAAGAAGGAAAAGUUUUUCGGUCAACAGCACAACGAUUAACAAUCAUGGUGUGGCCAUUACUUUUAGGACUUGUCGGAAAUAUAUCUGAAAAAGUGGACACGCAUUUGUCACCUGAGAUCAUUGACCAUCUAUUCGAACGAGACGGUGGGCAUGGUGAAAAUCUUGCAGCAUUAAACAUACAGCGUUCUCGGGAUCAUGGAUUGCCUGGAUAUAAUGCAUUUAGGGUUUUGUGUGGACUCAGAAGCGCGCAUUGUUUUAACGAGACCGAGAAUGAAAUAAAAGAUCCAGAGAACAGGCGUAUUUUAAGUGAUCUUUACAACGAUAACCCCGAAUUAGUCGAAUUGUGGGUAGCAGGAAUAGCAGAGACCCCGGUGAAUGAUUCAGUUGUUGGUCCAACAUUUCGUCAUCUUGUGGGAAAGCAGUUUGGGAAAUUGAGAGACGGUGAUCGCUACUUUUACGAGAACGAGGAAGCUGGAAUAUUUACAAAAAGCCAGGUUGAAGAAAUUGAAAAAUCCAGCAUGUCUCGUAUUUAUUGCGACAAUCUUAAAAAUAUCGUCUCCAUUCAAGAAAAUGCAUUCAAAUCGUCAGUCGACGAGCGUAGGCGUGUAUGUGAUUCAAUUGAGGGGAUGUCACUCUGUGCGUGGAAAGACUGCCUUCUUGGGAGGGCCAAAACGGACGAAAUGAGCGGAAAAUGUGUUUGCAGAUGUCCAAAGACGACAAAGAGCUGUAAGAGAGGGUGGUCGGAAGACUUGGGAGAUUCAUCGAAAUUCUUAAAGUUUCCCAGCCAAGGAUCAGAAUUUGUCGAUCUGAAUGGAGAUGGUAAUCUCGAUUUCGCAUAUCAUUUUUCAAACAAAGGAGUGGUGUUAAAAGGAGCGUACCUAAUCGAUCCUGUCGCGGAAAAGUUUAUUUCCGAGCCGAAAUUUACACCACCACAUGCUAUCUCGUCUCAUGAAAGAAAAGAUUUAGGCGCACGCUUUGUUGAUUUGAACGGGGAUGGAAAAAUAGACGUGGUGUAUCACGGAUGGAACAGUCGAACACAAAAGCAAGUCAGAGGUGCUUAUAUUAAUACAGGCGAAGGUUGGCAGCCAGCUCGACACUUUAUUCCGCCAUAUCCUAUCACUUCUGAUGGGGUGAAAGAUUCUGGAGCCAGAUUUGUUGAGUUAAACGGCGAUGGUUUAAUGGACUUCGUGUAUCAUCUUUCUCUCAAAGGGAAAGAAAGAAAGGGAGCAUUCAUCAAUACAGGAAAGGGUUGGGCGCCGGCACCACAAUUUACGCCUCCAUACCAUAUAGCCGACGACCGUGGAAACGAGGGCGCUAAAUUUGCUGAUCUGAACGGAGACGGCCGGGAUGACAUCGUUUACCAUAAAAAGCUGGACCGUUUCACUAUAGAAAAAGGCGCAUACAUUAAUAAUGGUCAAACAUGGAUUUGGUCUCCACAAUUUACUCCACCUUUUAACAUGAUUGGAGGAAGAUUUGUUGACCUCAACGGUGAUGGCAAAGUUGAUUUAGUUUACCACAGAAAAUUUGAGUCGCAGAGAGUGUUAAAAGCUAGUUUCAUAAACAAUGGAUAUCUUUGGAUUCGUGUACAAAAGUACACUAUACCAACAAACACAGAUGAACUUGGAGUUAAGUUUGUCGACGUAAAUGGGGAUGGAUUAUCUGACGUUGUCUGGAGAAAAGGCUUCUCUGAGAAAGGAGCAGCUAUCAAUACCGGAUGUGAUUGGAAACGAGAUGACAAAUUCACCCCACCUUAUAACAUCGCAUUGCCAAAUAGAAAAGUGAGAUUUGUUGACCUAAAUGGAGAUGGAGCUGUUGACAUUGUUGAUCUAUCCAAUGACAAAAUAAAAGUGAAGAUUGCUUGUCCCGAUGAAAACAACAUUGUCUGAUCAUGAGUUGGAUUGUGUUUUCUUCCAAAAUUCAAAUGAUGAAACAACUGAAAGGAAGUCAACGCUUGCAGUGAACUUGAAGGACAACAUUACUUAUUAUUAAUAUUUUUAAUGCAAGGGUUUUCAUUAAUUUUGAUAUUCGAGUGGUGCUAUUUUUCAGUUAGGUUGUUGAAGUGUCAUGAAGUUGUAAAUGAUAAAAAAAAUGAAAAAUGUUUAGAAAAAGAUGAUAAUAAAAUGGUGUGGUAA